CAAAACAGUGGUUUUAUUAAUAUAAAGAUUUUACUAAGGUUACAUACAAUAAAAAGUUGGAAACCCAAUAUCGUUUUUGUAUAGGAGUACCGAAAACAAAGCCUAAUAACCAAAAUCAAAGCAAACAGCUUAACAUCAACCACUAUCUUAUCAAAAAGAAGCAUAAAGCGCUAACCAUGAACACCUUAUCGAGAUCGGAGGGCAAUUGGUCCUGCCCCUUCACCCAGAAAGGUCAACAGAGUGAAAAUAGCCAAUGUGGCGGUAAUGGAAAUGCCGUGUGGCUAGGGCCUCCCGUCGGGGAGAUCGUUCGCCUACUACAAGUCAUUCGAGUUCACGCCACUUCGGCGACUUGCGUUUCGAUGGGGAUGAAAUUAUGAAGAUAAGGACAGCAUAACACUCAGUCCCUUCGCGGAGAAAAUCCAGACCCAGCCUGGAAUCGAACCCGGGCCGUUAGGUAUGACAUUCUGUUGCGCUGACCACUCAGCUACAAGGGGCGGACACAGUGUGACGGUAGUAACCGUUUUAACAAUGUAGUGGUAUUUCUACUUGAGUUUCAGUAACAGGUGCCAAAGCCGUCUGCAGGUUUAUCGAAUCAUGAUUUUAAUUUUCAUCAUAGCAGCAUACAAGUAAGUCACCCUGAUCUCGGUGCAAGUUUAAACUCUCGCGUCUCGUACUGUUGACAGAAUCCACAUAAAUCACAGUUCCUUUGUAUUCCUUUGUACUGGUAAUAAAUCACUUUACGACCCUCAACACUUUAUUUUGUUCGGGACGCCAAAUCCAUACAGGUUUAUGAAUGACAACAUACAUUUUCCAAAAGAAAAAAAAGGUCUCUUCAAAAUAUAGAACUACACUGUCGUUAAGCUUGAUAAAACAAAAUCGGCUACAUUAAGGAGAACAGAAAGUAAAUUGCUUAUUGGUACAUAAAAACUGCAAAGGAGCAAUCCUCCAGUUACUAAAAACAUAUUUUAUACAGGUAACAACUGAUUUCCAAGCAGUCUGUAAUUAUCUUUAAUUGCGUAGCGUCUCAAUCACAAUCAAGUUUGGCGACUGUAAUGUUCGUUCAGUUAUGAUUUCCAUUUGAUUUAGAAUUUGUCGAGUAACUUUGAUGAUUUGAAAUGUGCCCUGAUCACACAACAAAAUUACUUCCUUCCUCAACACGUGUUUCACAACCUGAUAGUAGGAGAGCUACCGGAAAUAAAGGUCUUAGCUUAGGCUGUACGAGCAAUAGGAAUGAAUUCAGGGCGCGAUGUACCGCAGCAAAAUAAUGUACAACACUCCGCAUUCGAAUACAAAUUGUUCGAAAAAUGAGAGGAAGUGGUGCUCUUCGUUGAUGUGCGAGUUUAACUUACACUUCAUUUCGCUCUAGAGAUGACAAUAACACACUUGGAUUAACCACAAACUGUUUAUUCGUACACUGCGCGCAAUUGAAAUUAAUAUAAAGUAUAAACUAGACUUUCCGAACUGUGUGUGCACCGCGACAUGGCCUAAAUACUGUAUGUCUGCUGCGACCUUGUCGUGACGUUAGAAAGUUCCGUUGCAACAGCUGAUCGAGAAUGUCGUAGGUUUUUGGCUGCGUUUAAUAACGGGACAGCGUGUUGUAAUGGUGGAGUGGGGUAUCUAUUGUUUUACUUUUUUCACAAUUUUAGGAUGCUGUGGUGGUCUAGAACUGACUGCAUACAUAUCACAAGGUGGACUACAUGGCCACAUAACUUUUCAGAGGUAUCAUGCAGACAGCAGAAAAAUUCAUGUCCACACAUCACUCCAGACUGUCAACGAAGUUUCCAAAUGGUCUUGGAGAAUACAUAAAUUUCCAGUUUAUUAUAGUACACUACAGGAUCGGUGCCAUGAUGAGAAACUUGGGCCAGUGUUGUUGAAUCUAGAUGACACUGUUGGACUUCUUGAAUUUCCUGUGAAAAACACCAGUGAUUUACUGAUACCCACUGAUUUGAUAUCCUUAACUGGUGAAAAAGGCUUAUGGGGCCGAUCUCUGUUGAUCUUUGAAGAGGGCUAUAGAAUCCAUGCUGCUUGUGGUACGAUUAGUGUUUCAGAUCAAACAGAUGAAAAAGUGGCUGAAGCAAAAUUCUAUUCUCCAGUUGCUGGGUCUGUUUUCAUGCGGUGGAUUGGAAGCCUACAUUCUGAUUCCAUAGAUGCACUCAUUCACACCAAUCUUUACUGGGUAACUAAAGAGAAAGGAAGUCCAGAAAAAGAUACAAAACACCACUGGAAGAUCUAUGCAACAGAUAUUUUAGACGCAGAAGCAGGAAAGACAAGAAGCAACUGCAACUUCCUUCAGUUUGUGUUUAAUCCUGCAUCUGCAAAAGAAGGACAAACUGUUGGUGACAUUGAUAAACGAUUGGGUAAAGUGCAGAUUUCAGGCAGUCCAGACUCCAAUGUUAUAAACACCUACCAUGACUCAGAGUUAACAUCUGUACCAUUUGACUUAACAACAGGACAACGGAGCCUGUACAUUGUAAUAUUUGACUCAAAACACCCAGACAGUUUUUUAGCAUGUGCAAGAAUUAGGCAAAUAACUCCUUACACACAGAAGGUUAUCAUGCAGUCUGAAGGAGUGUCUGGAGAAGUGACAUUCAGCCAGCGCUCACCAUUUGACCCAACAUGGCUACAUUUUAAUUUAUCAUCAUACAAUGAUAAAUUUCUUGGGAGGCCUUUCCAUUUAACAAAGUACAAGAUACAUGAACUGCCACCUCCAUCCUUUUUUGCUGAAAAAAGUGGCAAUAGAUGUUUUCAAACAGGCAAAGUGUACAAUCCAACUGAUAUCAAUCCAGAUGAUGGUUCUGCAAGCCAAGAUACAUAUGGUGUUGGAGAUCUUAGUGGAAAACAUAAUAUGUGGCGUGAAGAACAAACCUUUUCUGAUUUGAAUGGCCGGUACUGGGAUAUAUAUCUACCACUUCAAGGUCCAUACAGUGUUGCCCACAGAUCUCUAGUGCUUUACAAGGACAGUAAAAAUGAGAGCAAUCCUAAUGAAAUAGUUUCAGUGCCAUGGAUAUGUGGGACACUCUCCCAUUACCAGGAGGGAAAGAACAAAUGGAAAGAGCCAAUGUUUACUGCUGCAGUUAUCUACAGGUAUCCAAUUGUAGGUCGUAUUGUCUUCCGUCAGCCAAAAGACAAACCUUGGGCUGAUACUACAGUGAUAGUGGAAUAUUUAAUACAUGCAGAUGGAACAUCACAAAAUAAUACUGAGGAACAUCGCUGGAUGGUACAUGAUUUGCCACCAGGAAAAGAUUUCUAUAACUGGACUGGUCGCUGCUUGAGUGCUGGUCACGUAUACAAUCCAUUUGAGGUAAAUCUUCAAUCAAAAAAUUCUGAAUCACCAUGCACAUUAGAGAAAUCUGGCUAUUGCCGAGUAGGUGAACUAUCAAUACGUCACAGCACACUAAGCAUCGCUGGACGCAAAUCUGAAAGUAAUAGAUUAACACGCCGUCUGUAUACCGACACUCAUCUUCCUCUUUCUGGACCUGGAAGUAUACUUGGAAGGUCUCUAGUAAUUUAUGAUGACCAUGGGCCAAAAGCUAGAGGAGAACGGCUUGCAUGUUCACCGAUAACAGCAGUUUACAGGCGCAAAGCUGUUGUAAAAGAUUGGUUUGGCAAUGGUGAGUUGCCAUCUAUAAAAGGAAAACUAGAAUACUUCCAGCAAACUGAGUAUGAUAUCACCGACAUUGAGGCAAAUAUUGAGGGACUUGAAGACACAAAUGGUUUUCAUAUUCAUGUUGUACCUGUUGAUCCAAGUCUUGAAUUUCCAUGUGAAGCUUCAUCUUUGUAUGAUUACUAUAAUCCAUACAAUGUAAGUCUUCAUCUCUCUCCUGCACCUGCAACUGGAACAACAGACCAGUACCAGAUGGGAGAUUUAAGUGGAAAAUUUGGAACACUGGAUGGAUUAACAAGUCUCAACUCAGCGUACAAUGACACCCAUCUCCCACUCUUUGGUCCAUACAGUAUCAUAGGAAGAUCAGUUGUUAUCCAUAAAAAGAACAAAAACCACAGGUGGACAUGUUCAUCAAUUGAACGUGGCUAUUCCCCUUCAGAAGCUCGAGAACUAAGAGCCAUUGCAUCAUUUCACCAUCCCUUGGGAUUUGCAUAUGGUUAUAUCAGAAUGACCCAACUGAUAUAUAAUGAUGGCAGCAAAAGUGACACAGUGAUUGAGGUGAAUCUGAGACAUCCUGGAAAAAAUGAUAGGAAUGUUACAAGGAAUCACAACUGGGCAAUAUAUGUAAAUCCUGUGGGUGUGGAUGCUUCAGUUAAAGUUCUUAACACUAGAUGUGUAGCAGGAGGAUAUAUGUGGAAUCCAUAUUAUACCCAGCUUGCUGAUCCUUUGAAUGAAGAGCUGUACCGUCAAGAGUGUGGUCCUGACAACCCAUUACGUUGUUAUGUAGGUGAUAUUUCAGGACGCUUGGGUACAAUAGAUUUAGGCGAUAAAAGAAAAGUUUUUUCUGAUGUCAACUUUCCAUUAGAAGGUGAUGUAUCAGCCAUAGGAAGAUCAAUUGUAAUUAUGAACAAGGAUCGUGGCUCAGAAAGAUUUGCAUGUGCAAAUAUAGAACCAGAUAAGGACAUCAUAAAAUAUGCCAACAUACAAAAACCACCCAAAUUUGUUUUGGCACAGUUCAUUGAGGAUGUUCGAGAAGUAAUGGGAGUUCCAGAAUGGAUGUUAAAUGUUGAUAGUCGUAGGACUAAAAUACUGCACUCGGGUGCAUGCAUUCAGUUUCUACUUCACUUUAAAGGUCCAAUUGCAAAUCAAUUAGAGCAGGAUUUCAGCAGGCUUUUGGGCACUGGAAGACUCGCUGCACCUAGUCUUUACAUUCCUGGUUAUGUACCAAGUUCAAAAAGGAAAACACAGCUAUCAUACCGCCAAUGUGGAGCAAGUGAUCCAUUAGAUAAAACAAGGUCAAAGAGCAGUGGAGUGACACACAAGGAUACAAUUUGUAUUACUUUUCUUCUUUUAUUUGUAUCAUUCAGUUUAAUUUAGCUUAUCAAUCAGAUUGUUUUUUAUUGCUGUGUAUAUCUGAAAUUACUAUAUAUUAAUAUUUUAUUAACUGCUAAUGUAAAGGAAUACGAAAACAAAUGAAGUGCUGUAAAAGACAAAAGUAUGUACAGUUCCCUUAUAAACUGUUUGUGUAUAAACAGGCUGUAAUUACUUUGGCUAUAUGUGCCAAGUGCAAAAUCAUCACACUUCUUAAUGCAUUUCUUGUAUACAACUAAUUUAUAAAUUGCAGAAGAGAUGUGGAUAUUUAGUAAAUGUUGCACAUAUCUAUUAUAUAUCUGUUUUCUUAUAGUGCCAACCAAAUAAGAACUUCAAAACAUCA